GAGUCAAGUCUAGCAGUGGCACUUAUUGAACUUCAUGAACUUGUUUUUGCUUGACCUUUUUCCAAGGCUGGCUUACAUUGUUCUGAAACUGCAUUUCAUUUCGUAAGCUGCUUGGGUGUAAUGAGUUGUACAUGUGUAGGCUUGACUAACGUUACAUUGUGAAGUCAUCACUCAAAGACCUCAGCCUAACCGCAAAAAGGAAACCGCCCAUGCUGUCAUGAUGCAUGACCGUGCUUUCUUUCGCUAGAUGCACCUUCAUGUAGACCCCUGGCCUCGGUCAACUUAAUAAACGUUGAUUAAACACUCUUUAAACAAUAGGCAAGACACACGAGUCACAUUACCGUGCUUUGCUGUAUUACACCUGUUGAGGCCACACAUGUACUGUAUAUCUGUACGUCGCGUCAGUGGGCUUUGCUGGCAAGUCUGGACCAAAUCUUCAGGUUCAGUGUAGCUUAUCUCGUUACAAUGAUUAUGGCAGCUUUGAGCAGUUGGUCAGUUUCAUCAUUCCGGGCAGCAUUGGUUAGUUCUUUUAUUGCGGCUGCUUGUCUUUCAACGAUCCAGAUUUGCAUUGCACACCCACAGUGCCUGGAUUUCUUUCCACCAUUUGACCAUGAUGCAGACCAGAGGCCCGAGUUCUGCACACUGUACAAUAGAUUUGGAUGCUGUACGAGAGCUAAGGACCUAGAGAUUCAACAGAAGUAUGAAGAAGUUGCUGAGGAGUAUGAGAGAGUGCACGGGAAGUUGUCGUCGGAUUGUCUGGACUUCCUGAAAGACAUUCUAUGCCAGGAGUGUUCGCCGUACGCAGCCCAUCUCUAUGAUGCAGAGACCACGCAGCAGAGGUCACGGCAGCUGCCCGGACUCUGUAACGGUUACUGCACCGCUUUCCACAGCUCCUGCAGCCAGCUCCUUCCCUUCAUUACGACAGAGGAGCCUCUGCGUCGGGCAGCCACCAACUCAGCGGCAGUCUUCUGUGACAAGAUGGCCAUCCCGGACAUCGAUUAUUGCUUUCCUGACGUGCUUGCCAGUGACGAUCUGUCUCAGUGGGUGGAGGAGGCUCAGUCCGGCACCGGUCGUGGCCAGUGCCUAUGUCUUGAGGAGUUUGCCAACGGCCUUCAGAACCCUCUCCUCGCGAUCCAUGCCAACGACAAUACGCACCGAUUCUUCAUCGCGGAGCAGAUCGGGAUCAUCCACGUGUUUCUGGAGAAUAAGACCCGGUUGGCAGAACCCUUCCUUGACAUCCGGGACUCGGUUUUGACGUCCAGUCGGAGGGGAGACGAGCGGGGAUUACUGGGCGCAGCCUUCCAUCCUAACUUCACUCUCAAUUCCAAGUUUUAUGUGUACUACAGCUCGGGGAGCUCCAGUGACCAAAUCAUCCGCAUCAGCGAAUUCACGGUCAUGCCGGAGGACAUGAACAAAAUUGACGUCCAGUCCGAAAAGGUGAUCCUGGAGGUUGGCGAGCCAUAUGCCAACCACAACGGUGGUCAGUUAAUGUUUGGGCUUGAUGGCUACUUGUAUGCCAGUAUUGGUGAUGGAGGAGCAGGAGGUGAUCCGCUGGACAGUGGACUGAAUAAGAAUACUCUCCUGGGCAAAAUAAUCCGCAUCGAUGUCGACAACCCACCCGCCAACAAGACCUACGGCAUUCCGCCAGACAACCCGUUCGUUGGUGAGGAGGACGCCCGGCCCGAGAACUAUGCCUAUGGCAUCCGCAACAUUUGGAGGUGUUCGAUUGACCGGGGCGACCGGGAGACAGGCUAUGGCAAGGGGCGCAUCAUUUGUGGCGAUGUGGGCCAGUCACAGUUUGAGGAGAUCGAUAUCAUCGUCAAAGGGGGUAACUACGGUUGGCGGGCUAGGGAAGGGUUUGUCUGCUACAACGACGCACAGUGUAAUGACGAAUGGUUGGCCGAUGAGAUUCUACCAAUUCAUGCUUACCCACACUCAGUGGGGAAAUCAGUGACUGGGGGUUAUGUGUACAGAGGUUGCCAGUCACCCAAUCUCAACGACAAAUAUAUCUUUGGGGACUAUGUCAGUGGCCGUCUCUUCUACCUUAUCGAGAACAAUGUCACCGAUGCUUGGGACAGCCAGGAGAUCUGCAUGGGUGAUUCCUCUAUCUGCCUGGGCAAUUUGGUCAAUUCCUACCCCAAGAACAUCUUAUCUUUUGGUGAAGAUGAGGCAGGUGAGGUAUACAUGUUAGCAACAAACUUUGCCAGUACAACUCACAACGGAGGACAGGUCUUCAAACUUGUAGACCCAUCAAGGAGAGGAAAUCCUUCAGAAUGUUUUGGAGAGAAGGAAACGGUGGACGUCAAUGGGCCAACCAUUGACUUUACACCCAGCGACCCCCGGCGGGGUAGCCGCCGUAAGCCGACUGUCUGCACAACGGAGCAGAUUCGUGGAGACAUUAACAACCGGACUGUGUGCUCUGCCGAAUUUGUCUUGUCAGGAAAAGUGAUCUCGGCAAAGCGUUUCAGCCGCGACCGGCGGGUGCACCUCAAGGUGUUCUCGGUAGACCGCCAGGCCCCCUACACGCCUCGCAUUGGCAAGGAGGUCACGCUGACUGUGACCUGCAAGCCCCGGCAGUGCGACUGCCCCAACCUGCAGGUGGGCCGGAUGUACCACCUGAGCGGCCGUUACCAGAGAACAUGGGAUCGGUUUGUGCUCACCACAGCCUCCUUCUGGCAGGACUGGAGUUGGCUGAUGUCCUUCUGGGCCAGGCUGUACAGCAUGAGAUGUGGCACAAAUGCCAAUGACCUGGAUGAUUUCAAGUAGCCAGAGUUAGACGCAUGAGACCCACAUUUAGUUCCUAAGUAGACACAUUUAAAUGUGGCAAGUUUAAAAUUAGCAUAGUAAAGUUGUCAGGGGACCAGUCACAGGCAAAUUUAUUCCAUUAUAGUUCAGCUGGUAACCAGGUUUUGAUGACCAUAUAUUUUCUCUGCAAUGCCAAGUGCAUGAUAUCAACCCCAGUGACUAGAUAUCAUAGUAAAAGCGGUCAGUACGUCACAUGGUAAAGGGCCGUCAACAUGUCCAAAAAGGCAUUCACAAGUGACUAAUGUGAGACUUAAAGGUUUUCAUGGUGAAAGAAACUAGAUCUAUAGUAAAGAUUGCGGUAACACCAUGUAUUUAUCUCUUCUUUGAGUAUAUGUGGUUCUGAGAGUUAUUCCCCGGUUCUUCUCAGAACCACACAUACUCAAUGGCUAAUGUGAACCAAAAAGAAGUUAGGGUAGAAAUAAUUGGAGGUUCAACGCCUAGAUAUUGUAGGUUUUGUUUGGGAAAUAGGUUAUCCUCUCUGUGGACCAUCUUAUGCUGAAGUGCGGAUAGCAAGAUAGCCAUACAACAAGGGGUCAGUCUUCACACAAAGUUCCUUUUACUUCAAACUGAUCCAAAUUUUAUUUUAGACCAUAAAUUACAGUUCUUUGCCUCCUCUGUUUUUAGUGCGUUUGGGGCAUGUUGAUGGAGUGUUGACUUUUGAUGGCUUAUAGCUUGACCCCUAAAUACCUGUUAUCUCCUGCUUGCAUCUGGUGUGUGUUGCACAGCAUUCCAUGGUGUACAAACAGUCUUCUUACAUCAGGUUUCACUUUGCCCACGUUCAUCUAACCAGGCAUUAAAAGUAUUC